UCGUCUUGAUCUUGAAUUCGAUCGCUGCCAUGGAGGUCCCGUCCAACUCCAGCUCCGACUACUUGUCGAUCCCGCAGCAGCAGCAUCGUCACCAUCACGCGCCCGAACAUCCAUCUAACCCACCAUCUGCUUCUCCUCACCCUGUGGACACCACCUCUGUUUCCCAGAGACUGCAGAAGGAGUUGAUGUCACUCAUGAUGAGCGGUGGAGAUCUUGGAGUAUCAGCUUUUCCUGAUGGUGAGAGCAUUUUUACAUGGAUUGGCACGAUUGAAGGUGGAAAAGGAACUAUAUAUGAGGGUUUAUCGUAUAAACUCUCCUUACGGUUUCCCCUGGACUAUCCUUUUAAGCCGCCCCAAGUAAAGUUUGAGACCAUGUGCUUUCAUCCAAAUGUUGACCAGUUUGGCAACAUUUGCCUUGACAUUCUUCAGGACAAAUGGUCUUCAGCUUAUGAUUGUAGAACUAUUCUUCUGUCAAUUCAAAGUUUAUUAGGAGAGCCUAACCCAGAGAGCCCUUUAAACAGCUAUGCCGCGACGCUUUGGAACAAUAAAGAAGAUUACAGGAGAAUGGUGCAUAAACAAUAUUUUGCCGGAGAAUCACUUGAAAGUUGACGGAUACAAUUUGAGUUGGACAGAUCACCUUACUUUUCCACACGACAGUUGUAAAGCUCUGAAGUGAAAUUCUUAAGGCCGGAAAUUUGGCGAUUUUUUAUGUUGUGCUGCUAUGUUUAGCAGAGAUUACAAGGAUCAGAAGUUCUCUGAUAAAAUGACUUGAUAUUUGUGUAUAAAAUUUGUAAAACUUUUUCUGCCCAAAGUGCCUCUAGAUGUAUACUUCUGGUGCAUAAUCUUUUUUUUAUCUUUUUAAGAGAGAUGCUCAGUCUUCAUCAAAAAAGAGGGAAAAUUGUAUA